UGUUAGCGCUUUGUUUAGACAGGAGAAAUCCAGUUGCGGGAUUUCUGUAUGUGGAAUUUCCCAUAGGUUUCUCGAUUCAUAGAAGUGUACAUAUAUUUAAGUUUUUGUCGUUUGUUUUCUUGCCUUUUGUCUAGGGUCAAAGUCAGAGUGGUGGGCAUGGUCCUGGUGGUAGCAAGAAGGAUGACAAGGAUAAGAAAAAGAAAUAUGAACCUCCAGUUCCAACCAGAGUGGGGAAAAAGAAAAAGAAGACCAAGGGACCAGAUGCUGCCAGCAAACUCCCCCUGGUGACUCCUCACACACAGUGCAGACUCAAGCUGUUGAAAUUGGAGAGAAUUAAAGAUUACCUCUUAAUGGAGGAAGAGUUCAUCAGAAAUCAAGAGCAGAUGAAACCUUUGGAAGAAAAACAAGAGGAAGAAAGGUCCAAGGUGGAUGAUCUGAGAGGAACACCGAUGUCUGUGGGUACCUUGGAGGAGAUCAUUGAUGACAACCACGCCAUUGUGUCCACAUCAGUGGGAUCAGAGCACUAUGUCAGUAUUCUGUCUUUUGUGGACAAGGACCUGCUAGAGCCAGGCUGCUCUGUUUUGCUAAAUCAUAAGGUUCAUGCUGUGAUAGGAGUCUUGAUGGAUGACACAGACCCUUUAGUGACUGUGAUGAAAGUAGAGAAAGCUCCUCAAGAAACAUAUGCUGACAUUGGUGGCCUUGACAACCAAAUUCAAGAAAUCAAGGAGUCUGUGGAGCUUCCUCUCACCCACCCUGAAUAUUAUGAAGAGAUGGGUAUAAAGCCACCCAAAGGAGUCAUUCUGUAUGGCCCACCUGGCACAGGAAAAACUUUACUUGCCAAAGCAGUGGCAAACCAAACAUCAGCAACCUUCCUGAGAGUGGUUGGUUCAGAGCUCAUCCAGAAGUACCUGGGUGAUGGCCCGAAGCUCGUGCGUGAGCUGUUCCGCGUGGCUGAGGAGCAUGCCCCAUCCAUCGUCUUCAUUGAUGAGAUUGAUGCAAUCGGUACCAAGAGGUACAGUAUUACUGUCAGUCAAACUCUUCAGGUGUUCUUCCUGCUGUUUCCAAAAGCUGCAUGCAGAAAGCCUAAGACUGAACUUUUCUUUUGCACAGGACGUAUUGAUAGGAAAAUAGAGUUCCCUCUACCUGAUGAAAAGACAAAGAAACGAAUCUUUCAGAUUCACACAAGCAGGAUGACGUUGGCAGAUGAUGUGACUUUGGAUGAGCUGAUUAUGGCAAAAGAUGAUCUCAGUGGUGCGGAUAUUAAGGCAAUUUGUACAGAAGCUGGAUUGAUGGCUUUGAGGGAACGGAGAAUGAAAGUAACAAAUGAAGAUUUCAAAAAGUCUAAAGAGAACGUUCUCUAUAAAAAGCAAGAGGGAACCCCUGAGGGACUGUAUCUUUAAGUCACCUGUCUCUUUGGGAACUAUACAGAACUUUCUGUGUUGAUGAGAGUCUUGUGUAAAACCAGACAGCUAGUUCUCAUUCAUGAGCAGGUUAAAGCUGGUGGGUUGUGGGUUUUCAGCCAGUGUAACUCUUCCCAAUAAAACAUUUAUUUGAACUGUU